GGUGUAGUCAAAUUAUGUUAUGAUCUGAGCGUGUGUGUAUCGUGACUACGACUACGAGCGGUCUGGUAUAUAUAUUUCAUCAGUAGAAAAAUGUAACUGAAUUUCGGACUUACUUUGAAGUAGUGAUUGAGAUACUAUACCGAGGAACAAUAUACUCCGAUACAGGAGAUGUAUAGACUUGAUUUUCGUAUUUCUUAAAGGAAGUUUGUUCCUGUCUGCCUCGUGUGCGGUUGAUUUAUUGUUGUAACCAAACAAACUGAGUGAGUGGACCCAGCCGGCCAUUCAGGCAGGCUUGUAUAGUGGAUUGUGUUUGUAUUUUCAGUAUUCGGAGCCGAGAGAGAAGCCAAGCUUGGGCUCGCUACUCAAGAGAAUUGUUGGUAUACUGUAGUACUGGAGAACUAAGCCUUUUCCAAUAGAAGGGAAAGUCUCUUUGAAUUGGGGAGCUGGUUGCAGGCAUUCCUCCCACAAUGGACCAGCGCUAUUCAUACCUCAUUUUAAUCCUGUGUCUUUUGUCUUGCUUUGUUGCAUUAAUUCAUGCAGAUUUGCCAGUCAUCACACAAGAACUGCGUAACGAAAAAGUAAAAGAAGGGUCAAUGAUCAUCUUCAUCUGCAAAGCAAGUGGCGCCACUUCAUUUGCUUGGUUCAAAAACUCGAAAAAGGCCUCAAGUGACCGCUACGAAGUCACAGACCUUGAUAAUGGUUCACUGUUUAGAAUAUACCGGAUACGCAAGCCUAGAGAUGAGGCGGAGUUCAAAUGCGUUGCUAGUAAUGACGACGGGUCUGUGGAGACGAAGGGCCUGCUAACAAUUUAUGCAGAAAAUUCUCUUCCAUCAGGAUUCCCGAAGAUUACAGUUAGUCCAGAACUUAGAGUGAUCGAGCUUGGCCGUCAAGCUACCAUGGAUUGCUCCGCCAGUGGAAAUCCAAAUCCAACAAUAUAUUGGCUGAAAGAUGACAAACCUUUAGAUCUGUCCGACAGUCGUAUUAGAGUCACAAAUGAAACAGGGUUUACAGCCAGUUUGACUGCAAACGUCAGUAACAACAUAAGCGUCACAAUAGGGCAGAUGCAGAUUGAUCAUUCAACCAAUGAGGAUGAGGGCAAUUAUGAAUGUUAUGCACGUAAUUCAGCAGGAACCUUGUUUUCAGAAGAAGCUACGUUAUUCGUAAGAGAACGCCAGAAUCCGCCUCGAUUCUCCAUUUAUCCCGAGGACCAGGAAAUUGCACCGGGCCAGGAUGUUGAGUUAACAUGCGUCGCUGUGGGCGCACCCAUGCCAAUGGUUCAUUGGAUGAAGGAUAAUGUAGAUAUAAACGACGAAACACAAGGAAGGAAUGUACUGAUGUUAAAGGAUGUCCGUGUGUCUAGCAAUUACACUUGCCGUGCUUCAAGUUCCCUAGGUGUCAUAUAUGCUGUAGCCAGAGUUACUGUCAGAGCACCACCAAAAGCCCCUUCAGCUCCGGUCGCUAACCUUCCAGCACCUGCAGAAUCGGUAACGCUUAACUGGACACCAUCAAGCCAGGAGGCAGUGAGCUCCUACGUCCUUCUAUAUAAAUUAGUUUCCUCUACUGGUCCUUACUCUGAAAUCACAGACAUAACUGGUACUACAACCACAGUGGAGAAUUUACUGCCAUUUACAUCAUAUGAAUUCAUGAUAAAAGGCGUAAAUACGAUUGGCAUUGGUGAAGCAAGUCCACCAGUUACAGUGAAGACUGGAGAGUUAGCUCCAGGAUCACCUCCUAUAAGGGUUAAAGUCAGCCUGAUCAGUUCAAGUUCAAUCCUCGUCCAGUGGGACGCUCCGGAAGUUCCCAAUGGCCGCAUCACUGGCUACAAGAUUUACUACACCGCCAAGCCUUCCAGUGAUUUGUCUGUAUGGGAGACGUCCACUGUUGACGAUAUUCAACUUACAUCCAUUUCGCAGCUCACCCCGCUCAAGCUGUACUCUGUCAAGGUGGCUGCUAGAACUGAAAUUGGUUAUGGCCCUACUUCUCCUGUCAUGAAGAUUAAGGUUCAACAAGGGAUCCCUAGUCAACCUAUGAACUUUGAGGCGACUUCGAUAAGUGAGAGCAAAAUUCAGCUGACGUGGGAAGAACCAACGGACUACACUCAAGGUAGUAGGAUUGUCAUAAACUACGAGAUCUUCUACAACUCGACCAGUAGGGGCGAGGAGCAUACUACCAUCUCUCCUGGGCAGGGACAAUACAUUUUGAGUAAUUUGUCACCCUACACAGUAUACAAUAUCCGUCUGGCUGCACGAAGUGACACAGGAUUGGGGCCUAGCACCAGGGUUGUGUCAGUGAGGACACAGCAGGCCGUCCCCGGCGAACCCCCCAGAGACGUCCAAGCUUUAGCAGUCAGUGCAACUGAGAUCAGAGUCACGUGGAAUCCACCCUCAGCCAGCUUGCAAAACGGCGUGAUCACAGGCUACACGUUGAGUUAUCGCAAGGCAGAGGGUGUCGGCGAAACAAAGAAGUCGGUCCGUUUGAACAACACCUCACGUAGCCAUAACUUGACUGGCCUAGGGAAAUGGACAUCCUACGAAAUUUCUCUUUCGGCCCGUACCAUUAUAGGUAACGGGCCGGAAACAGAUCCGGCGAUUCGCGUUCGCACCAUGGAAGCCGUUCCCGGUGCUCCUCGUAAAGUCACUGUUGAAGCCUUGAACUCGACAGCAAUCCGCGUUUCCUGGGGCCCACCGAGAGAGGAAGAGAUGAACGGUGUAAUUCACGGAUACCAGAUACAUUACUACCAAAUGGACGAGAAUACCAAUGAACGUGUUUAUGAUUACUCUAAAGACUUUAUGUAUCCGGAACGAACAAACAAUACCAAACUUGUUGAAAUCCAAAGUAACAAUCCGAUUUAUCUCAAGAAGGACCAAGAGCAACAGGUUGUUAACAUCACAGAAUUGCAACCGAACACAAUAUAUGAGGUGGAGAUUGCUGCCUACACCUCAAUGGGUGAUGGUGAAAGAACAAAAGCUAAGUCAGUUCGUACAUUAGGUGCAGCUUCCACCACAACAAUGGCCCCUCCAGUUCCAAGCAAACCCCAGAAUUUUGUAAUGGAUGAUUCUGAUGGGCGCUAUCUUGUAACGUGGGAUCCUCCUCUUACGACUUUCGGUCCUAUCGAAGGUUACACACUUGAGUACAAGCCAGAUGGCGGCCGCAUGGUCAAAUUGAACAUUCAAUCCACCCAGAAUAGCCAUGAACUUCAGAAUCUGUACAAUGGAAUAACAUAUGCAAUAUCCAUACAGGCUAACAACGCUGCCGGAGGUGGACAAAAGGCAACGAUUGAAUAUACUUUACCUGAGGCCGCCCCCUAUAGUCCACCAUCCAAUAUCAGUGCAGUAGUUAUCAACAGCACAAGUAUCAAACUAACGUGGGACCAACCAGUCGCAAUGGAUCGUAACGGGAUCAUCACAGGAUACACCGUUCAUAGCAGCCAGGCGGCUUCCUCACGAUGGGGACCCGGCUUGGAGACAACCAACAAGUUCAUUAUCUACACAAAUCUUCAGCCUAAUACCAUGUACGCUUUUGAAGUUCGGGCUCAUACAGCGGUUGGUAGCGGGCCGUAUAGCCAUGAAAUUAGAGAAACAACAGACCCUAAAGGUCUUAUGCAGCCUCCUACAUCUGUAACUGCAACUGUAAUUAACGGCAAUAGCAUACGCGUUGAAUGGGAGCCGCCUGCUUCUCAGUCAACCACCAUCGACGGCUAUCGGGUAUACUAUGCGCGUGGUGCUAAGAUGAAUUUACCUUUGGAAGACUGGAACGUUAAAGCAACUGUUCCACGACCUACGUGGGUGAUGUUACAGGACCUAGAGGAGAGUGAUCUUUACACGAUUGUUGUCCAAGCGCAAAGUCGUUAUGGUGACUCUCCUCCAUCGCAAGAAGUAUCUUUACGAACAACCACUGUCGAUCCUAGAGCACCUCAAAACUUUGUUGUGACACGUACUGGAUCUGACUUCGCUGAGCUUGAAUGGGAGAGGCCGCCACGCGGGAAUCCUAUUGAAUAUAAGUUGGUUUUCUUCAACCCUGACAACGAGGAUGCUGGUAAGAAAAUCAUAGUGGAUGGAACUGAAAAUGUUUUUCUUGUUAGCCUUUUGUUUCCGGAUUUGGACUAUACGUUCACGUUGACACCAUCAUUUGAUGACGGACCAGGAUCUAAGGUCUGGACCUACACAAGAACUGAUGAAGCUGUCAACACCAGCAGGCAAGGUACGACAGCCGCAACGUCUACUCUUGUAAAAACGAUUGAAGCUCCAAAGAGUCCACAGGUUACCUCUUAUAAGGACAAGCCAGUUGUGAGAAUUACCAUCCCAAUACCAAGCGAUACAACAUCUCCUGUUGUGUUUUUCUAUGUUAUUGUUGUUCAAUUGAAAUCGGAUAAUGCACCAACUGGUGAUCCAGACAGCCUGGGAUUCUACAAAGAAUUAACAAUGCAGAGGCGCUCUGUUCACCCCCGUUUGCGCAGGCAAGCUGGCACCGAAGGUCGUUAUAUUGCGGCCAAAUUGAGUUCUGAUGAAAUUAACAAGGAGUUUAUGAUCGGGGAUGGACAAAAAUAUGAUAACUAUGUGAAUAAACCUCUUGUUCUCAAUAAUUACUACACCUUUUUUAUACAAUACGCUACGAAAUCUGAUAAUGGUUAUGGUUGGGUGUUCAGUACAUUCUCUGAUACUUUGCAAGCUGGUGUGCAGCGAACAUCGGAGACUGCACAACCAGCACCUGAUCAACAACCGCCAAUGAUGGUGAUCAUCGCAGGAGCAGCAGGUCUUGUGGUCCUUAUUGUCAUCAUCAUCAUUUUGGUAUUUGUUUGCAGGAAAAGAAGUCCCCCUGAAAUGAAUGACCCCAAACCAUGUAAACGUAAAGAAGAGACUGCCCUCUAUCCCCGUGACCCUGUGGAGAUGCGACGUCUCAACUUCCAAACUCCCGGCAUGAUGUCACAUCCACCAAUUCCCAUCGGAGAUCUAGCGGAGCAUAUUGAGGUACUCAAGCUGAACGAAAACUUGAAGUUCUCCCAGGAAUAUGAGUCAAUUGAGCCUGGCCAGUCUUUUACGUGGGACCACUCCAAUAUGGAGUACAACAAGCAAAAGAACCGCUAUGCAAACGUCAUUGCUUACGAUCACUCUCGAGUCAUUCUCGGCUCCAUUGAAGGAUAUCCCGGAAGCGACUACAUCAACGCGAACUUCUGCGAUGGCUAUUGUAAGACGAAUGCUUACAUGUCUACGCAGGGACCACUACCGGAGACUAUUCCCGACUUCUGGCGUAUGAUCUGGGAACACAGGACGAGCACGAUAGUUAUGAUGACGCGUCUGGAGGAGCGAAGUCGGGUGAAGUGUGACCAGUACUGGCCAAUGAGGGGUUCUGAGACAUACGGGUCUAUUCAGGUUACAUUGUUGGACUCAUCUGAAUUGGCUCAUUAUAUCAUUCGCACUUUCAGUAUCAUUAAUGUAAAGAACCGAACCACAGAGAAACGAGAGGUACGGCAGUUUCAAUUUACUGCAUGGCCGGACCACGGCGUGCCAGAACAUGCAACUGGAGUUCUCCAGUUCGUGAAUCGAGUAAAGAACAGUAAUCCUAAUGAUGCAGGCCCAAUCGCGGUUCAUUGCAGCGCAGGCGUGGGCAGGACCGGCGCCUUCAUCGUCAUCGAUUCCAUGCUAGAACGAAUAAAGCACGAGAAAUCAGUGGAUAUCUAUGGUCAUGUGACAUGCUUACGAGCUCAGCGAAACUACAUGGUCCAGACAGAGGAGCAGUACAUAUUUAUCCACGAUGCACUCCUGGAGGCGGUAACUAGCGGCAACACAGAGAUACCAGCACGGAACCUGUACAUGCACCUGCAGAAGAUGACACAACCCGAUGCUGGUGAAACUGUAACUGGAAUGGAACUAGAAUUCAAGAGAUUAGCAAAUCAGAAAGCCCUACCAUCAAAGUUCAUCAGUGCCAACUUACCAGCCAACAAGUUCAAGAAUCGACUGGUGAACAUACUUCCAUAUGAAAACACCAGAGUUUGCCUUCAGCCAAUCAGAGGUGUCGAGGGAUCUGAUUAUAUCAAUGCUAGCUAUAUUGAUGGUUACCGAGCCAAGAAUGCAUACAUCGCGACUCAAGGCCCAUUAGCGGAGACCACGGAAGACUUCUGGCGGAUGCUUUGGGAGCACAACUCCACCAUUAUUGUCAUGCUUACGAAACUGAAGGAGAUGGGACGUGAAAAGUGCCAUCAGUACUGGCCAGCCGAGAGAUCCGCACGCUACCAAUACUUUGUUGUUGAUCCAAUGUCAGAGUACAAUAUGCCGCAGUACAUCCUGCGAGAAUUCAAAGUUACUGAUGCAAGGGAUGGUCAGUCAAGGACAAUUCGGCAGUUCCAGUUUGUGGACUGGCCAGAGCAAGGUGUGCCAAAGUCCGGCGAAGGAUUCAUUGAUUUUAUCGGUCAAGUUCACAAAACUAAAGAACAGUUCGGUCAAGAUGGCCCUAUCAGUAUUCAUUGCAGUGCUGGUGUUGGAAGGACAGGUGUUUUUGUAACUUUGAGUAUCAUCUUAGAGAGGAUGAGAUAUGAAGGUGUGGUGGACAUGUUCCAAACGGUCAAGAUGCUAAGAACACAAAGACCAGCUAUGGUACAAACAGAGGACCAGUAUCAAUUUUGCUAUAGGGCAGCCUUAGAGUAUUUGGGUUCAUUUGACCAUUAUGCAAAUUAGCUGCAAUUAUUUGCUACUUCCUACAACUCGACCAUGUACCACCCCCAUGCGGGGUUAGCUUUACAUAGACUCUGAAGAAAAAUCGGACUAUUUUUGCAUAAGAAGAUAAACAAAUGUAUAGGACCCAAAAUAUGUUGCAUUGUUGCACAGACAAUAAUAGAGAGUAAAGAUAUAGACGAUAAGAAUCAAGAUGGCGAUCAUUUAACUUAGUAGACUACAGCAGAAGAAUACGACUGAGUGAGCGCUUCAAGGAAUUAGAAGAAAUUUAAGAAUUUGCUGCAUAGAACAGUGCAAAUAUAAGAGAACAGGACAUAAGAUAUUUGAAUAAAAAAUGUACAAAGAGCGAUGUAUCAACCAUUUCGAGAGGAAAUUAAGAUCAGGUGGAAAAGUAAAUCGAAAAAAAACUGGGACUGGGAUUGCAAAAUCGAUUAUAAAUAAUGAAGUUUUGGAAAAGAUGACCUUUGAAGCAGUUUGUAUGGCCUGAACAUUCUCACACUUAAAAAAGCGGUUGCCCCAAAAUGAUGGGUGACUUUUCAUUCUAUAUGCUGAAAUAUGGAUGAGAUUAACUAUGAGAUAUAGUCUGUUUUGCAUAUAAGUUAGUUGUUUAAUCCUGGACAUGGUUUGAAGUAUAAGUAUAUAUAAGAAACGUAUUAUAAUAAUAACUGACCAUUCCUUAAGCUUUAUUCACUCUAUCAAGUUAAGUGUGAAUUGUCCAUAUAUGGUCAUGGUAUUUUCAUAUCACACUCAUAUAUGUGCAAAUCACAGGUAAAAUUUGAUAGUGUAGAGAGAGCUUGAUUCAGCAAAUUCUGUCCAGUGGAGGAUGUAGUCAAACUGUUCUGUGUUCUUUCAUAUAAAGUUAUCCUUUUAAGAAAGUAUCCAAAAAAUAUGUGGCAUCAAGUUAGGCAUAAUGAAGUUCUUUUGGUUUUUUUAAUGAAAAAGUAUUAGAAGUUUGUGGAACCCAGAAAUAUGUACUGUAUGUUUAAGUGUUAAAUCAUGCUUUAAAAAAAAUUAUAAUUUGUAUUUUUUGCUACACAAUUUUCUGUAAAUACAAUUAACAUUUAUUGAAGAUGUAAAGAAUAAUUUCUUUUUUUGCCUUACAAAUAGAUAAGACACCAAUUGUUUCUGGAGUUAAGGAGAUAUAGACAAAAUGUUAUAGUAGUUAUUUUUUUUGACCUUGUGUAUUCAAAAUGUUAGAGUGUAGUUAACAUGAGAAAGAAAUGAAAAACAAGAAAAAAUAAACAUGAAAUAUAUAUAUUUACAAAAAGGGAUAAUUUGGACCAUUCAGAAUACAGUGAGUUCUCAGUGAGGGUAGAGGUGUUUAUUUUUCACUGCUCAACUGCUAUCAAAUAUGGGAAAAAGUACUUAAUUAACUGCACAUAAACUGUAUAGGUUAAUCUAAAAAUUAGAUUACAGAAAAUAAUAGAAAUACAUAAUAACCAAGAUUGAUACAAUACAUAUAAGAUUUUUAAUGCUUUUCCAUACAUGAAUUUUAGCAUUGAAGAUAAUUAUUGGUAUAUACAUAUAUAAAUAUAUAUAAAAAAUAUAUAUAUAUAUGUGUGUGAUGACGACAAGUUGCAGUGUUUUAAGAUACUGAAAAUCAUAAUUUUUUAGACAGGAGAUAAUUUUGUUGAAGAUGGUGCAUGUGAAAUGUAAGAUAGACAGACCAUUAUAGUUAGGCAUUUUAAGUUAAUCCAAGAACAUUUUUUUUGCUUGACUUUAGUGUUAAGAUAUAUAUCAUUGGAGUAUGUUGACUGGAUUUCAUUUUUAUGCCAGAUAUGCAUUUUCCUCUUAUGUAGUCAUGUUUGAAGCUUUUGUGUCAUCUGCAAACUUGAGAAAAAAAAACCUGUAGUGUUGAAAGUGAGGUAUUUUAAAGGUUAAUUGACUUUGAAGUCAGUAGGGGUCAAUGUCAGUAGGGGUCAACCAGCUAGCUACUUUUUUAUGUAUUUUAAGACUUUUUCACCUUGAGAUUGUAAUACAUUGAUUGUUCCAUUUCGUUUGUAUCCUAGCCAAGAAAGGCGUCCUCUCAUUUGUUUAUAUCCUAGCCAAGAAAGGCUUCUUCCCACCUAAACCUAUCCCUUCACAUUGUACUAAGGCUCCUCCCACCUGAAAUUAGGUUUUAUUGAGACUUCUUCGGAAUCCAUUCUCUUAAUUUCGGCUAAGCCACGCUCAUGUUGGAAUAUGUAUAUGUAACUCAUGUGGCCUCUCACAUCACAACCAAUUAAAGAAGUUGAGGUUGGGAAGUUGAUAUUUGUUCAGUACCUUUUUUUUUUAAUCUACUACAGUAUUUUGUUUUGGUAUAUAAUGUUUACAAUCUCCCAUCAUUUAGAGGUGAAAAAUUAUGGGGAUAAACCUAUCAGUAUUUUGUGCAUUUCUGUAGAAAUUCUUUUCACAAGUUUGGGUUUUCCUCUUUCAAUUUUAUUAAAAUGAUGGAAUAUCUCUUUUGCAGUUGCUUAAUAAUUAAGUUAACAAGUAUUUCAACAUUCAGAACUUGUUUAUUCAUUGGGUUUCUUUGGAAACAAGAAGAAAUUCUUUACAAUUUUGGGCGAUUUUGUUUUUCUUGCUUUUAGUACGCAAGCACACAUUUGCUUCACUAUCAUCAAUUUACGGAUUCUCCCUGAACACACAAGAUAAUGCUUUCAUAAAAAUAAUUGUACCGCUUUAUGGAUUAUAAUUUUGUAGAAUAUUCAGAUUAAUAUCGAAAGAAAGUAUGAUAUUAAUUAUUGUGUUUAUUGUUCAGUGUUCAUUGUUAAUAAUUAUAAUGCAAAUGUAUUCAUUAGUUUAAAGUGAAUGAGCUGGUAGAGAAAGGGAUUUUAAUAAAUGUAAUUUUAAUUUUUUUGUGUUAAUUACAAAAUGUUCUGUUGUUGAUACUAACUAAAAUGCAAAUAAACAUUUGACUGGUAAUAUAGCUUAGAACAACUGGGAUAUUGUUAUGUAGAUUUCUACUAGUUUAUAAUGGUUUUAUGUUAAUUGUAAUCAUUUUCAACUGAUUCCCAUUAGUAAUUUUGACAGCUACCAGGCAUUUCAUAAAAUAAAAAAUGUUGCAGCGAAAAAGGAAAAAA